CCCGCGCUCUUUCCACUGUUGGGAGAAAACUGAAGGACUCGAGCUUCUUCAAUUGAGACACCUUGCAGAACGCGCGCCGCUCACGUGCGAAGGUAAAAGAAAUGCUGUUGAACACCAGCAGCGGGCUCACGAAUCAGGCGGUGGUUAUAAUCUGAAACCAGUCGGAGAGAGGAUAAAAACGAGCCAUGAAAAAACACCUGAGCCCCACGAAGCAGCAGCAGCAGCAUCAUCACCAGCAGCCGCCGCCCCCACCGACUGACAUCCCGGCUACAGGCGGCGCGGUUACCGUCCAGCAGCUCAACGAGCUCCUCUCCGACGGCAGCGGCUACUACAACCUUCCCACCCAGCACUACAAUGAGGUAUUCCCCAAGAUUUACAUCGGAAACGCGUUUGUGGCCCACAACCCGAUGCGACUGCAGAAACUUGGCGUGACACACGUCCUCAACGUGGCGGAGGGCACCUCCUUCAUGCAUGUCAACACCAGUCCGGAGUUCUACGCCGGCACUGGGAUUACGUACCACGGCAUUCCAGCCAACGACACAGAGGACUUCAACCUCAGUGCCUUCUUUGAGGAGGGGGCUGAUUUUAUAGACAAAGGAUUAGCACACCAUAACGGCAAAGGGAAGGUCUAUGUACACUGCAGAGAAGGCUACAGCCGCUCCCCGACCAUGGUUGUUGCUUACCUCAUGAUGCGCCACAAAAUGGACGCCCGGCUGGCUCUGGCAACUGUGAGGCACAAGAGAGAGAUCGGCCCCAACGACGGCUUCCUUCGCCAGCUGUGCCAACUCAACGAGAAGCUGGCGAAGGAGGGCAAGCUGAAUGGAGAGGUGGGCAAAACAAAGACCAAAUGAAAACUGAAGAGAUGUCUGAAGGACCUGUCUCCUCCUGUCACGCUGAUCACACCCUGACCAAACCAGCAACCAUCUGACAUAGCAGGGGUACAAACAUGCAUUUAUCUGUGUAAAUACUUAUCUAUCAUGUGUGCACAAUCAGUUUAAUUUUCCCAUUCUGCUUUUUAUUAGUCCACACCUCACCUCCAGGCAGAUUUUCCUGCAUAUCUCUGCUCUAAAUUUGUAUAAAUACGAGCUUACCUUCCUAAAGCAUUCCUUUAAUUCCCACAAGGUAAUAGGACAAAAACCUUGCCCUGAUUUUUAAAAUUUCCUUACAAAUUUGUAUCAAAAAGAAGAUUAUAGCACAAUCAUUCCAUAGUUUUCCACUGCCGUAAUGUCAGUGAUGUCUCCGCGACAAGGAGUAAAUUUCAAAAAGAAAAAUCCUACAUUUGAAAAUUUAUGUUUAUUGACAAAAAGUGGAUGAAGGAAAACAUUCCCAAACAUUCCAUAGAAACUAAAACUGAAAAACGAAGCCCAGACUUAGUACUCAAAACACUCAAGUUUGUAUCUUCCUGCUGCUGCCUUGUGGCAGAUGUUCAAUGCACAAAAAACUAAAUGAAUACACCUUCUCACUCUUGAAUGCAUCCAAACUCUGGCUGUAGCGUUUCACCUUUGGCCUCUAGUUUGACAGCAUUGGCAGUAAAAGUGUUGAUACACCAAGAACCAGUAAAGGUUGAGCUAAUUAAAAAUAAUAAGCCAUGUGCAAAUGUGACAAGUGUUCCUUUUAGUUGGAUUGUGAACCAAGUUAGUCUCCAUGGUAAAAAGGUAAAACGGAACUAUCUAUAUUCAUUUAAAAAUGAGAUUCUAUGAGUAAAAAUUCAUUUCCUCUAGCUGAAAGAAAUUCUCAGCUAUAUAACCUCACAUUUAUGUUUUUAUGUGAAAAAGUUUUUUGUUUGCACAGGUAGAUAAAUUAAUCUCAAAACUAUUUUUAGCACUAGAAGGAGGUUUCAGGUUUGCAUUUUUAGUCCUGUAUAAGAUCCCUGUAAUAAAUCAGAAAUCAGAGCUGAAUGAUAUAUAAAUUCACUGGGGUAUAAAUUUUUCCCUCAGUAAUCACUGUUGUACUGCAGUAACCAGAGCUAAUUUAAAAAUGCACAGUUUAUUUAAAGGGAAAUCUCACUGUUUAUUAUAAUUUUUCUUCUUUGGCCUCUUAUGAUGUUGCUCAAUCAAAUUGGAGUAUUAUUCCUUCUUUUGAGUAACUUGGACCUAGGUUAAACUGGUUUGUGUUACUCAAAGUGCAAAAAUAAGAGACUAUAAUGAUCAACUGCUAAGUUUCUGUCCAAAUUUGUUGUGACUUGUUUUUAGAGACCAGAGGCCAUUAAGGUUUAACAGGAUGAAAGGAAGUAUCUUCCUCUGUUGGACUUUAGUAUUAAUCUAGAGCUUGAAUCUUCUCAUGUUUCAUUUUAGAAAGAAUGGACUUAUGUUUCUUACAGAUAGAUUUUGUGCAACUUCAAACACUUUGGAAGAAGUAAAUGGUAAGACCAAAACAUCUACUCAACUAAUAAGUGGAUUAGAUUUGACACAGCAAAUUACUUGUGUGAAAGUUUAACCUUAUUCGGGUUUUAAUGUAUAAAAAACCAAUUCAGUAGUGUUUGCAGUCAAAUGUUUCCUUUAAUAUUAAUAUGCAAUAGACCAGGACAUCAUCUGCAUUGCUAUAAAAGGAAAUCUAAUCUUUCCUAAAAGCAGACCCUUCUUCUCUGAUCACACUGCACCAACAGGAAACUGAAUGUGCACAACAUCCAUAUUUUCAAAAGAAUUCGCUACUGACAGGCUAGAUUUUCUUUAAGGUACUGCUUUAUUUCUAAAUAUACUCAUACAUUUAUAUAAAUAUAUUUGGGAAUAUUAGCAAUUGGAUACGUUAGGUUGAUUACUGGACAAUACACAUUAACGUAGGUAAUCAAAACCUAACUACACUAAAUACACCAAAAUAAGCAAAAAUUAUAGCUUCUCUGUACUUGGUGUAUUCACCCAUUGUAGAACAAAUCUUAUGAAAAUAUCUGGAGACAAAAAAAAGUGAAGCAGUUUUAACUUCCACAGAAUUUGUUGCUUUGGUUCUGGACUUCUGCAUUUAUCACCGGCUUUUAUUGUGCGAUCCUCUGGGCUUCACAGCGGAGCGCUUCCAGUGUAAAUCAGGACUGGAACAAAUGGCAGGGUAGGGCAGGGCAGAGUGAAGAUGGGUGCUGUGUAAAUGUUGGGGUAAUACCAGAGAACCCAAAAUGGAUCCUUGGGGCACCCAAUAAGUAAGUGCGGCUGCAGAGGAGGAACAUUUCUCUAACUAAAGCAGCUGAUUAUGUUCUGCUCAGAUUAAAAAAUAAACACUUUGUCCAUGUAGUCACAAGAACAGAGACCGGAAAAACUUAGAUCUUAAUGCCUUUACCUGUAACAGUCUAAGUCUGGAUGACUUUAUCCUAAUUUUGCCUCACUGUUUUUCACAACGUUGCUAUAAUUCUGGUUUGCAAUUUGAGGUUUGCAAACAAUCAUUUCUACUUGUAGGGUCCUACCACAGCUUUUUAAUCAGCUUGAGGUUUGGACCUUGAUAUGUAUGCUUUUCAGCCAUUCCUCUUUAGGUUUGCUGCUGUGUUUGGCAUCAGUGUCCUGUUGACAGUUACUGUUGAUGACGCAGUUUGGUCCAAGCUUCAGCUGUCAGACAGAUGGCCUCACAUUCAUUACUGGUCAAAAAUGUUACAUACACUGUCUCACUUAAUGGGUUUCUAUAUUUUCAUGACUAUUUACAUUGUAGAUUUUCACCAACUAUGAAUGAACACAUGGAAUUAUAUAGUAAACAAAAUGUGUGAAAUAACAUUUUUAUUUUCAAGAUUCUUCCAAAUAGCCCCCCUUUUCUUCGAUUACUUCAAUUACUGCUUUGCUUUCUUGGCGUUCUCUCCUUGAGUUUGAUGAGGUGGUCGACUGAAAUGGUUUUCCAAACAGUCUUGAAAGAACUUCCCAGAGGUUCAUCGAGAGACGGCCAAAGGUUAAUACUUCAGUCAUCACAGCAAAGGGCGACUACUUUAACGAAUC